AUGGAGUCUGAUACUCAAGAACCGAUUGCAUCUACAACUGGCACUCAAAAACCGAAGAAGUGGGCCUAUACCCAUAAAUAUCAAACGGCCUGGGAAUCGAACGCCAAAUUUUGCAAAUCGAUAUCUGUUAGUAAAAAAGGAGAUACACAUUUUCACUGCAGGACUUGUGCAUGUGAUUGCAAAGGUGGCAUAUCAGCAGUCCAAAAACAUAACAGUUCCAAAAAACACAUCGAAUUAUCCAGUAAUGCCAAAGUCGAUAGUGUUUUUAAUAUGCCUUCGAUGAUUAAGCAAAAAGCUAUGUUGAAAAAUAUUAAAGAAACUGAAAUUCGGAUCGUUUCAUUUGUCGUUGAACACAACAUUCCCAUUAAUGUUUCCGACCAUCUAGUCAGUUUAAUAAACUCCAUACAACUUCAGCCUAAAUAUUUGGCAAAAUUAACAUGCGAUCGGACAAAAUGUACUGCUAUUAUCAACAAUGUCAUUGCGACCACUGGUUUUGAAGACUUGGUCAAUUAUUUAAAAACUAACAAGUUUUCACUGUUAGUGGAUGAAUCAACUGACAUAAGUUCAGUGAAAAUUUUAGCAAUGGUAGUACGUACAUGCCAGAACUUUGAAGUCACCGACCAAUUUCUUACUCUACUUCCAGUAGCCAACGCUACAGCUGACAGUAUGCACGAGGCAAUUAACCAUUUUUUCAAUAGCCAUGAAAUACCGUAUCAAACAAAUUUAAUUGGUUUUGCUGCUGAUGGUGCUAAUGCCAUGAAUCAUGAUGGAUAA